GUUUAUUCUUUAUCGAAGAUUUCACCAGAAUCACACAUUCAAAGAUCUCAAAAAUCAAAUUGAUAUGCGAUCACUAUCAAUAAAAAUCGCUGAACAGUGGAGAAAUGAACCUCCUGAUGUCAAAAAGCAGUGGCAUCAAUUAGCGGAGGAAGAAAAACUUAAAAAGCGGUAUAGAGCUACUGGCGAUAUGCCAGAUGGAUUAAAAAU